AGGUAUUACGGUAAAGCCCCGCCGCAGUCAUGCACUGAUGUUUAUCCCUGACUGGGUUCUGUUCCUCGGCCGCUUCGGACUGAUUUCGCCUCCUUAAGCGGAGCCUGAAAUAGCCGUUUCUUCUUCCCAGCUCCUCAUCCUGAAAUAGAUCCUGCAAAUCAGGAAGGAACAGAUUAAAAGAAAGGCGUCCAGGUUCUGGUUCAGAUCAAGGGUCUCCCUCUGAAUUACUUCCCGAGUUGAAUCCACAGAAGUCUGGGUUCAUGCCGGAUUUUGAGCAUUUCAGAUUUUCCUACUCUAGAAUGAAUCCAGUCCUGGGGGAGAAUGGCUUCCUGGCUCCGCAGCAGCAUCACCAGAUGACAGGCCAGACUGAAGCAGCCAUCCCUGAGCCAGGCUACAUCCUGGGGGACAGCGGCGGAUUUGGGCCUGAUGGCCUGUAUGGGUUGGACCUGGGUGUCCUGCCGCCGUCCUCGAGCCUGACCUACCUGCACCGGACGCCCCCUGCGGCUACGGCGCUGCGCAAUGACCUGGGAUCCAAUAUCAGCGUCCUAAAGACCCUGAACCUGCGCUUCCGCUGCUUUUUGGCUAAAGUGCACGAAUUGGAGCGCAGGAAUAAAGUUCUGGAGAAGCAGCUGCAGCAGGCUGCAGAGAACAGCAGCGGAGGGGAGGGCCACCAGAAGUCACUGACCAAAGACAUGGGGGUCCAGACUGGAUUUAUAGGACCUAUUCCAUCCAGACCGAACCACAUCCCGCUCCAUACUGUCAGUAACUCAGCAUAUCUACCUGGUGGCCUCCUCUCCCCUACCCUGAACCCCCCUCCCCUCCUGGGAAUCAACCUGAACACUGACUCCAACUCUAACCUCACCUCCUUGGCUUCCUCCGCCCUUGGUGUUCCUAAAAGUCCUAGCAGCGCAACCAAAACUAAUAUCAAUGACAAGCACGCCCCCUACACCGGUCCAGCCCACAGCACCACACUGCCUCCACCACCACGCUUCCUCCCUGGAACCAUUUGGUCCUUCAACCACACCCGGCGCUUCGGUAUGGGGAGGGAGUCAUGCGUCACGGGGCCCGGGGUCUCCUGGAUGCACCCAGACGGUAUCGGGGUCCAGAUCGACACAAUCACACCUGAGAUCAGAGCUCUGUACAACGUUCUGGCCAAAGUGAAGAGAGAAAGGGACGAAUACAAGAGAAGAUGGGAAGAAGAGUACGCAGCCAGGAUGGAUCUGCAGGAGAGGGUGGCUGAACUUGAGGAGGACCUGCAGGAGAGUGAAGUGUGCCAAGAUGAGCUGGCUCUCAGGGUGAAGCAGCUCAAAGCAGAGCUGGUUCUUUUCAAAGGACUCGUUAGCAACGACUUGUCUGAUUUGGAAAGUAAGAUCCAGGAGAAGGCUAUGAAGGUGGACAUGGAUAUCUGCCGACGCAUUGACAUCACAGCUCGUUUGUGUGAUGUCGCCCAGCAGAGGAACUGCGAGGAUGUCAUUCCCAUUUUCCAGGUACCCACUCCUCCAUCCGCUUCCAGCCGCCGCACCAGGAAGCCCAGCGGGCAGUCGCAGAAGAGUGCGGAUGGAGACGAACUGAGCGUGUCAGAGAGCGAAGGAGGCGGGGCCAGAGAUGAGGAGUCCAGCAGCACGUCGGCCAGUCUGAUAAACGAGCAGAUGCAGAGGAUGCUGAAUCAUCUGAGGGAGUGUGAGUUUGAAGAUGACUGUGACAGUCUGGCCUGGGAGGAGACUGAUGAAACUCUUCUACUCUGGGAAGAUUUUCCUGGAUGCACACUGGGAGUUGAAACACAGGGAGAGCAGGACGAAUCUAUUGAGAAAGUUAUUAAAGACACAGAGUCCAUGUUUAAAUCCAGAGACAAAGAAUACCAGGAAACCAUCGACCAGAUAGAGCUGGAACUGGCCACUGCCAAGAGCGACAUGAACCGCCACCUGCAUGAAUACAUGGAGAUGUGCUCCAUGAAGAGAGGGCUGGAUGUUCAGAUGGAGACCUGCAGGAGGCUCAUCACGCAGAGCGGAGACAGGAAAUCUCCCUCUCUCAUCAUACCCACAGCGGAUGACUCUGAAAAGGAGGAGCAGAAGAAAAAUCCGACCCAAUCUGCUAACUCUGAGGGCAGUAAUUCCUUCUGUAACAUUAAUGCUGGCCUCCCACCCAUGAACUGGAGAAAACCCUGACAUUCAGCCCCGCUCUGCGUGUUCUUCCUCUUGUUCUUCAGAGCAACGGAAUAUAAAAACAUCUAAUUUCUGUUGACCU